GCCGCUCACACACAAACACUCACACACACACACGCCCACAGUCACUUCUCCCGGCUGCUCGCAGAAGAUGGUGGUGUCUGCUUCCCGCAGACAUUCGUCCACGAGCUUGGAAAGCGCGCGGAGCAUUUCAGCCGCCCUCGUGCUCAAAAUGGUUGGACGACGAGGUGUUCUGGUGGCUGAGUGGACGGCACGUGGGACGAAAAUGUCACAUUAGUCUCGGAUUAAAGGUGGAACGAUUAUUUGGAGGGGGGUUAUGACAACGUUUCGCCCCCCGAUCCUUCCAGGUCGAUCAAAGUGUCUGGAUCAAAGCGGCGCUCUGCCUUAACCUGUGGGACUGAGGUGUUGGGGAGGGUGUUGCAGAGAGGGGGAGGGGGGUCCCUUUAAUUACCUGCACCCGUCUGGCUUUUUCAAAGGGACACCAGGCUGUCAAACUUUUUUUUUUCUAAAUAAACGGAAGGAGCAGCGGACUUCUUCUCUCCUGCCUUUUCCUUUCCCCCCUUUUCCUUCCUGUGGACGCACGCGGGACAAUCUAGGUUGGUGACAUGUGGCGUGACUGGAUACCAAAGAGGCAUUGAUGCAGUUUAAAAACUGAAAUUGCAGCCCUGCGCAAUAAGUCCACAUAUUUUUUUUUGCUCAAAACCUUUGACUUUGAGGACACUGGAGGGUUUGGAGUGGAAAUUCUGGUCUGUUUUUAUACCUAGAGUCCCAACCAGGCCUUUUGGAACUGUUUUUUUCUUAAACCACAAAACCAUUUUUACUCUGGUCUUCCUAAUCUCUAUAUAUUUUUGUUGUUGCCUAGUGUUUCUAUGACUUUUCUCUGUUUUGUAAGCAAAAAAGGCUCAGAAAGUAUUUCUGUUUAUGCUCCAUAAAGUGAAACAAAAAGGCAAUAAUAAUACAGACUGGAAAGUAUAAACUGUUUUAUAAGGACAUUUGGUGACGUCUCCCUUUUUCCAAACUCUUUGGUAUUUUUUUUUACACUACUUUCUAUUUGAGGCGGUUUUUCAAAUAUUUUCCAAUGAGCAAAGCAAAGUGUGGGCUGCUGAAUCGUCUUGGACUGGAACAGAGCGCGCCGCAAGUAAACCUUGCAGUCUCAAGUGCUUCAAAACAGACGGGAAUGUAGAGGAAUGCAGGCAUUGACGUCAAGAGGUGCAAUAAUGAACUACUCAAAAACCCUGGAUGGUCUGCUUGCCUUGCUACAGCCCAAACCCUUCAUGUUUUUGUUUGUGCUCACACUUCUCACAUUGCCCUGAUGCAGUCGCUCACUCUGCCUUACUUCUUCAUCAGUGUUUUCAUGUAAAUGACUGUGCCUUUUCUGUCGUUUUUGAGACUUGGAUAGAGAAAGUCCCAACAUGGCAUCGCCCCAACAUCAGCAUUUGCUGCCUCACAGCACGGAGGUGAGCUGUGACUCCAGUGGAGAUGGCGGGGUCUCAGUGAAAAUUGGCGGCAGUGGCAAGCACAAGCAUGGCAUCGGGCCGCUGGGUUCAAUCGGAGGAGGCUUCAUCGGGGGAGCCAAGCACUGCAAAUAUAGCAUUUCUUCAAGCUGCAGCUCUGGAGAGUCUGGAAUGAAGAGGCCAGUGGUCAAGAGUUUUCGAGCUCAAAGGAAGAUGCCUCAACUUUUCGAGAGAUCUGCAGGCCAUUUCUGGGACCCAAAGUUCGACUCCUCCAUCCUAGAGGAGGCCUGUAGGGAACGAUGUUUCCCUCAGACCCAGCGGCGCUUCCGCUAUGUGCUUUUUUACCUGGCGACUGCUGCCUUUCUGUGGGGAUUGUAUUUUGCUGCCAAUCCUUCCCGCUGUGACAGAAUGGCGUUUCUUCUCCCUACCGCUUCUUUCUUCAUUUUCUGUUUCCUCAUCUUUCUUCUAACUUUCACCAGGCUUUACUCUCGCUGCUACAAUCAGGCAUCUCUGCUGCUCAUUCUUGCAACAUUCACCCUGACCCUAGCUCCCCAGAUUCAGACUUUUAGCUUCAAAGAAGAUGUGGAAGAAUUUAGUGGCAUGGAGACAUCCUUCAAUCAGUCCAUUGAUGCACCUUUGAGUAAUUUGACCAUCACCCGGUGUCUAUCUCCUGUAGGGACCUUUUCCCUUUGCAUUGAAGUUCUACUGUUGCUGUACAGCGUUCUGCAUGUUCGACUUUACGCUUCUGUUCUGCUUGGGUUACUCUACUCAGUGGUUUUUGAGAGUUUGGGCUGGAUGCACCUGAGCCAGGUAGAUGGAGACCUGAGCUCAGAGUGGGCGACAUUAAGAUGGUUGGGGCCAGCCAAAGCCUUGCUCCAUCUCUGCGCUCAUGCCAUUGGGAUGCAUCUGUUCAUCAUGUCUGAGGUGCGAUCACGCAGCACCUUUCUUAAAGUGGGACAAGCCAUCAUGCAUGGCAAAGAUCUGGAAGUGGAGAAGGCUUUGAAGGAGCGCAUGAUCCAUUCCGUCAUGCCCAGAAUUGUGGCUGAUGAACUGAUGAAGCAGAGUGACGAGGACAUUGGGGAUAAUUCUGCCAAGCGAUACUCCACGAGCGGGGCAGCUGCUGUCAUCUCCAGCCCAAAAAGCAACAAACGCAAGAAAACCUCCAUCCCCAGAGGCCAGAUCAUCUUCAGACCCUUCAACAUGAAACGGAUGGAGCCGGUCAGCAUUCUCUUCGCAGACAUUGUCGGCUUCACCAAAAUGUCCGCCAACAAAUCUGCCCACGCCCUAGUUGGGCUUUUGAAUGACUUAUUUGGGCGUUUUGAUAGACUUUGCGAGAUCACGGGCUGUGAAAAGAUCAGCACUUUAGGAGACUGCUAUUACUGUGUAGCCGGGUGUCCAGAACCCAGACCGAAUCAUGCCUACUGCUGCGUAGAGAUGGGCCUGGGGAUGAUUCAAGCAAUUGAGCAGUUUUGCCAAGAGAAGAGGGAAAUGGUCAACAUGAGGGUGGGGGUUCACACCGGCACAGUGCUGUGUGGCAUCCUGGGCAUGAAGCGCUUCAAGUUUGAUGUUUGGUCAAAUGACGUCAAUCUGGCCAAUCUGAUGGAGCAGCUGGGAGUGGCUGGAAAGGUCCACCUAUCACAGGCCACUGCCAAGUUCCUGGAUGACCGGUACCGCUGUGAAGACGGACAGGUUGUUGAAAGGAUUGGACCAAGUGUGGUGGCGGAUCAACUGAAAGGCCAGAGGACCUACCUGAUUUCUGGCCGGAGGGAUGAUCUUCACUCUCACUGCAGCUGCUCCCAAAUGGGCUUGUCUGUUCCAGAAGAUCAUCAGUGUCCCAUGCCCAGCUCGCUCACGCCUGAUGGAGCCCCCCCAGCGUGCACUAUUCCUGCAGACAAAACCAAGCCCCCCUGUCUGCCCUGCAGUGUGGCCCUGAUAGCAGGGGAGGAUCAGGUUCUGGAGUUGGUACACAAUGGCUGCCAUGAUGAUCACAAAACCAACAACAGCGAGGACUCUUCAAAUCUAAAGUGCUCCCCAGCAGCUUCUUUUGGGCGCAGCCCCAAGGCGGUGAAUGGCCUGCUCAGUCCUCAGCUGGAAGCUCUGAAUAACAGCCAGACUUCACUGUGUGAGAUGCUGCAGGAAAAGGAGAAGAAGACGUGGAGCGGAGCAGGUAUGGGCAUGGAUCACUCGGCGCUCAUCCCCCUUCGGUCCAAAAACUUCAGAGAAAGGAGUGACGCUCACUUUGUGGAUGUGAUCAAGGAGGACAGUCUUAUGAAGGACUAUUUCUACAAACCUCCCUUAAACAAGUUGAGUCUCACCUUUCUGGAGAGAAGCCUUGAAUCUGCUUACCGGAUAAGCUACCAGGAAGAGGUGGAGAACCAGGCAGCGGUGCGGACGUUUGCCAGCCCGACAUUCAGCUCUUUCCUGGACAUGCUGCUGUGCUGUUUGGUAUUUCUGGCCCUCUCCCUGGCCUGUUUCCUCCGAGCACUUGUUGACCCGCAGAGCAACAAGCUGUCCACACCAGCACUCAUUCUGACAGCUGCAGCUGCACUGCUAGAGGCUCUGGCUCUGCUAUUUGCUAUUCGCAUGGCCUUCUAUCUGGACAGUGUGUUAUCUUGCACUCGAGGGCUGAUGACAGCCAUCUCAGGCUGGAUGGCGCGACACUUCAUUGGAUCAGUUCUAGUGUCUCUUCCCGCUGUGGCAGUCUUCUCACAUGUCACUUGUGAUGUGAAUUUCCCCACUGAGUUCAUCUGCUGCGCCAUUAUCAUAGCUAUUAUUCAGUACUGCAACUUCUGUCAACUCUGCUACUGGAUGCGCUCCACAAUAGCAACACUGGUGGGCCUGGCUAUGGUUACCUUGCUCUUCAGCUCCCCUUGCAGUUUUGCUGUGAACCUGUUUUCAUGGUCUAACACCAACAACAGCAGCAACAACAGCUCCGCUCUCUUCUCUGACUUUCGACCAAUCCCAAACCACGAUCUAGCCCCUGAGGUUUGCGUAGCCUUUUUCCUGCUCCUCGUCUUGGUCUGGUUCCUCAAUCGUGAAUUUGAGGUUAGCUACCGUUUGCAUUACCAUGGCAAUGUGGAAGCUGAUCAACAUCGCAUCAAGAUUCAGAACAUGAGGGAUCAAGCUGACUGGCUGCUUCGCAAUAUCAUUCCAAUCCACGUGGCGGAGCAGCUCAAAGUCACUCAGAGCUACUCCAAGAACCACGACAACGUGGGCGUCAUAUUUGCGAGUAUUGUCAACUUCAGUGAGUUUUAUGAGGAGAGCUAUGAAGGAGGUAAAGAGUGCUAUCGCGUCCUCAAUGAGCUCAUAGGCGACUUUGACGAGCUCCUACGAAAACCGGCGUUCACGAAUAUCGAGAAGAUCAAGACCAUCGGAGCCACGUACAUGGCCGCCUCUGGACUCAAUACUCAGCAGUGUGCGGAUGCAGCUCACCCUCACGCACACCUCCGGGCUCUUUUUGAAUUUGCCCUUGAGAUGAUGCGUGUGGUGGAUGACUUCAACAAAAACAUGCUGGGUUUCGGCUUUAAGCUCCGCAUUGGGUUUAACCACGGUCCUCUGACGGCGGGGGUGAUUGGCACCACCAAACUACUCUACGACAUCUGGGGUGAUACCGUGAACAUCGCUAGCCGUAUGGAUACCACAGGUGUGGAGUGUCGCGUCCAGGUUAGUGAGGAAAGCUAUUGUGUGCUCAGCGGCAUGGAUUAUGAGUUUGAUUAUCGGGGUACAGUGAAUGUCAAAGGUAAAGGACAGAUGAAGACCUUCCUUUAUCCUAAAAGCAGUGACAGUGGCCCUGUGCCUCAGUACCAACUCUCAGUCUCACCAGAGAUCCGAGCACAAGUGGAUGGGAGUAUUGGACGCUCUCCCACUGACGAAAUAGCCAGCAUGGUUCCUACAACCAGCACGUCUGCAAGAAGUGCAAACCCUUUAGUACUCAGUGCUAGCACAGGUUCCUCAAACACAAGAGGACUAAACAACCUGAAAGAGGCAGACAUCUACGGAAGACGUCCUUCCCCAGAAGCUCCUUGCACCAGGCGGUCCAUGUCUCACAGUGGCUUAACAUCCAUACCUGCCAACAACAGCGAAGGAUCAUCUUCAAACAUCUCAUCCCAGGCCCAACACGAAACAUUCCAAAACUCCACUAGGUCUCUGAAAGACAGUAAGAGUGACAAACACAGCAAAGAGGAGGACAGUGAUGCUGGAGAGCUAACCAGGCUUUAAGAAUUUGCUUUGAUGAAUAUGUCUUGUUACAAGUUCUCAACCCUUUAAACAGUAGUUACUGCUCAUUUUGUGUAGAAGUGCUGUACAAUUGUUGAAUGGAAAACUUGCUUUUUCCGUCAGUUCGGGAGGGAAGUUAUUUGCUGUGUGUGUAAAACUUUUAUUUUUUUAAACUUCUGAAGAAAAUAAAAUCAUGAAAAUCUAUAUAAUAGGUUAAAUCCUCCGUUUUUUUGGCAAACGUUGAUGUUUAUCAGUAUUUUUAUGAGUAUUAGUACCCCUGGCUAAAAAUGUUGAUGCGACAUAUGGAUUCUCAUACCAUCAAUGCCUACAGAGAUGCACAUGUCCCAUCAGGUUCUAAUGGGUUGACUGAUUUGAUUAUCACUGCACCUUUAAUCUUGAUUAUUUCUUAUGUCUUUUAAGUGCCUUUAGAAUAGAAUACAAUGUCAACUAGGCCUUUUUAGAAAAAGGGAAUAACAACAUAAAGGGAAAAUUGUAAAUAAAAGUUUUUUUGGGGUAGAAAAAUAGAAAUGCUUUGCUUUUGUUUACUUUACCAACUCUGUUUUGCUACAAUAUUUUUGUCUUUUUACUCUAAGAUGAAAACAAGAAAAUGUGACGCGCUUAAGAAUUUAAAAAAUAAUGUUUCUAAAAGAGGGCAAACAAAUGUGGAUGUGUCAAAGUGGGAACAUUCCUCAUGAGAGUCACAGACGAGACUAAUCAAUACAGGAAAACAAGGAUCAGCUGCAUAUUUUGCGAAUGUAUCUGCAUGCAUGUAAUGUUGUGGGUGUCUGUGUGCUUGUAAAGUCCUAACGGGGAGCCUGACUUGGUCAAACUGCAGGAUUACGGGGACUCUAGGAACUGCUUCGAGGGGCAAAAAAAAAAGUUGCUGAUGAGACAGCCUUUUCUCUGUCAACAGUUUGUGUUGCUUCAAGAUUGACAGACAAUUGCCUGGACGACUCUGAAUCAGCAUGCUUGCAGCAUAUAAAGAUUUCCAGCAUUUCUACCCUCUUAGAAUAGCUGUGGUGUUGUGUAUUUCAAUCUACCCUGCGAGGCACUGCUCUACCUGGGAGGUGUUUUAACUCAUGAUUUCAAAUGGGCUACUAAUGACAUUGUGUGUUUGUUCCUGUGGUUUGAGGUCAUCAAUAAUCAAAGGUUCACAGAUGUUUUUAAAUUGUGUGUUGCAUACAUUUUGAGCUCUUAAGAGGGAGAGUCGCCCUCUACUGUCUGUAAUGAAAGGCAUUGCAGGAGAGCUUGAUGCUUUUGCUGUUUUCAAUCUCUAAACAGCAUGAAACUUAAUGUAAUAACAAUGUAAAUGCAAUGCAGUGUACCAAAUAAAUUGAAUACCUUUUAUUGUAUUUUUUUUCCUUUUUGUUUAAUGAAAAGUUGGUAAGUUUAUUGUUUAGCUGUGCUUUUGCCUUGAUCACUGUUUCUUAGCUAAAGGGAUUGUGUGCUCAGUGACAAAAAGGUUGACCUUCUAAUUAACUAGCUAGUUUUAUUCAUUUAUUUUGAACAUUAUCAAUCUGGGAUUUUAAAGUCAGCACUUAACUAAUUUACAUUAAUUGUAGAAACAGAUUUAUCUAUUUUUGUUGCACAUUCUUAAGAAACUGAGACAUUAAUUUAAACGUUACACUGUUGCUUUGCUUUACUAAAGGUAAGGAUAGGGUAUGAGGUGCCUUUACCUUAUAUGUGUUAUUUUAUUUUAUAAUGUUUUACAGCUUGAAAAACAUGUUUUUUCCUGUCUAUGUUUGGAGCAGUGCCUUUUCUUGAAAUAAUACAAUGAAAUGUAAUAAAAUACACAAUAACAGAAUUUAAAGUGGUAAAAUUAUUGCAAUAUUUUGUCCUCAGUUAUAUGUCAAUAGUUCGGUCGAAACUAUCAAAGAAGCCGUGUUUUGUUGAUGAGCACAGAAUCCUGGUUCAAAAUUAGUUUUCCACAUUUUAAGGACAAAAAUAGCUGUUUAUUUAGGGUUAAAUGCUUGUGUAGCUGAUGACUCUUGACUGUCAUUUAUUCAUUCUCUUUUCAUUAUUAAAAUUGAAAGAUGUGUUGAAACUUUGAGCAUUUUGGUAACAAAAAGUUAUUUUGCAAACACGUUUUGAUUUGGUAUGAUGAGUUGAGCGCAACAUUUAAAUCAACAUUUUGGGAAAACGCUGGUGCCAAAGAGUGUAAUUUUCAUUUCUUGCAAUUUUCUUUUAGAUUUUAUCUUAUUUAAGCUUAAUUUUAUGGUUACAUUUUCUACAGUUAGCGCUCAUUCUACUUAAAGUUAAAUACUAUUGCUCAAAGCUCUUAUUUUCGUGUACAGUAUGCCUUUCUGUUGUAUAAUGUAUGCACACUUUUUUUUGUAUUAUUUAAAUAAUCGCAUGUAUUAAAGUAUUAAAUAGCCUAAAUAUAAUUUUAAUCAUAUUAAUGUAAUGCUUUUAAGUUCUGUUUCCUUGUAUACGUGUUAUACUAUAUGUUUUUUUUAAAGCAGAUGUUUUGUGGGCUUUGGGAAUAAUUAUUAUUUGGAGGAAUGUGAUUUUACAUUUCUUUUAACUUUCAUUUGAGCAAAAAAUGAAAAAAAGGUAUAGCUUUGGUCAAAAAAUCUUUUUAAUUUUAAUUUGCCAAAUAAAAUGAAGAUAAACUACAAGAUUUUCACUUUAAGGCUGUGUUGAAUUAGUUUGCAAUAAUGUAAGUGUUGUUAAGUUUAUUAGAUUUUUUUAUGUUUUUGUAUAUAGCACUGGAAAAGAUGUGUUGCUUGGUAAUUCUGUACAGAUGUUUUAAAAGUUUCCAUAAAAUAUACUAACUUUUGUUCAACAAAA